AUGUCACAAUUGUGUGGCGCGAGAUGCGGCGAGCCAUUUGACAAAGAAGACAAAUCUGUCGUUUGUAGUGGUCCUUGCAGAUUGAGAUUUCAUAAAAAAUGUUCUCCUUUAUCUUCCCAACAAUACGAAUUACUUAUGAAAACUGAUGCCAUAGUUUUUAGAUGCAAGUCUUGUUCAGAUGGUGAUAAAUUUAUAUUAAGCAACUACGAAAAAAUCCUAAAUAAAUUCGAUACGCUGGAAAAGAAGAUGGAUUCAAGCCUUAAAAAAGUUUGUCAACAAAUUGAUGAAAUAAAAAAAAAAGAGACCAAUGAUGUCCAAUGUAUGAAUGAAAUAUCAAAAGUAUCUAAACAAAUUGAAGAAUUAAAUAAAAAAGAGACCAAUGAUGUCCAAUGUAUGAAUGAAAUUACAAAAGUAUAUAAACAAAUUGAAGAAUUAAGAAAAAAAGAGACCAAUGAUGUCCAACUCAUGAACAAAAUUACAAAAGUAAUAGACGAUCGUUGCCAACCAGCAUGGAAUGAAGUAGUCAAGAAAAAACAAGCUCCAGUUGUUGUAUUAGUACCAAAAGAUAAAUCAAAAAAUAGAAAUGAUACUAAAUCCUCUGUUAAAAGCUUAAUAAAAGAAUCAGAUCUGAGUGUGAAUAAAAUGUCGAGAGCAGCGAAUGGAGGUCUAAUUAUAGAAUGCGAUGACGAAGAUAAAUGCAACAAAGUUCUUUCAGCAGUCAAUAAAACAUUAGGAAAAGACUACACUGUACAAAAACCAAACGCUCGUCAGCCAAGAUUGAAAAUUUUAAAAAUAAGAAAUCCUAUAGAAGAUAACGAUGAACUUAUAAAUGACUUGAAACAGCAUAACAAGUGUCUCAAAUUUGAUUCUUGUCUUAUGGAAGUUAUUAAAAGGGAACAAUACUCGACAAGUUUUGUGAAGAACAUAUAA